AGAACCCAAAGAAAUGGUGUUGCCUGGCAAGAGAUUUGCUAUACUUCAUGAAAAAUCAGACCAAGAGCUCUGAAAUCAGCAAGGCCGUAAUAAGGAGUAGAAGUAUUUGAAGAAUACAAGAAAGCAGAGUGGGAAGAUCAGGACUUUAGCUGAAAAUACACCUAUAUUAAACCAGGAGUCUUUGGCCGUGGCAUUUGGGCACAAACAUUGGGAAGAUUUAAGGAACUGUGAAGAUUGAUCAUGGAAAUCAAAGAGGAAGGAGCAUCAGAAGAAGGCCAGAACUUUCUGCCUACCCCCCAGGCAAAUGACACCGGGGACUUUCAGUUCACAAGCAUUCAGAAGACUCCAAAUGAACCACAGUUGGAAUUCAUCCUUGCAUGCAAGGAUCUCGUGGCUCCUGUCCGUGAUCGGAAGCUGAAUACACUGGUCCAGAUCUCAGUAAUCCACCCCGCGGAGCAGGGUCUGACAAGAUACUCCAGCACCGAAAUUGUUGAGGGAACAAGAGACCCACUGUUCUUGACUGGUGUCACGUUCCCAUCUGAGUAUCCCAUCUAUGAGGAGACCAAAAUAAAGCUAACAGUCUAUGAUGUCAAGGAUAAGUCUCAUGACACCGUUCGAACCAGUGUUGUACCUGAACACAAGGAUCCCGCACCAGAGGUUGGGCGAAGUUUCCUGGGCUAUGCCAGUUUUAAAGUUGGGGAGCUACUGAAGUCCAAGGAGCAAGGGCUGGCUCUGAGCCUGAGAACGUCAGAUGGUGGCAAAGUUGUUGGCACCAUAGAAGUCAGUGUCGUGAAGAUGGGGGAGAUUGAGGAUGGGGAAGCCGACAACAUCACGACAGAUGUGCAGGGACAAAAGUGUGCACUGGUUUGUGAAUGUUCAGCCCCAGAAGGUGUGAGCAGGAAAGAUAGCCUGCCUUUUUUGAAUGCUGUGUUAAAGAACCCAGUGUGUAAAUUAUACAGAUUUCCCACUUCUGACAAUAAGUGGAUGCAAAUCCGGGAGCAGAUGUCAGAGAGCAUACUUUCUUUUCAUAUUCCUAAGGAAUUGAUCUCUCUUCAAAUCAAAGAAGAUUUGUGUAGAAACCAGGAGCUAAAAGAACUUGGUGAGCUUUCUCCACACUGGGACAAUCUACGAAAAAACGUCCUUACUCACUGUGAUCAAAUGGUGAAUAUGUACCAAGACAUUCUGACAGAACUCAGCAAGGAAACAGGGUCCUCUUUCAAAUCAAGCAGCAGCAAAGGAGAAAAAACAUUAGAAUUUGUUCCAAUAAAUCUACAUCUGCAAAGAAUGCACGUACACAGCCCUCACUUGAAAGAUGCUCUCUACGACGUCAUCACCGUGGGAGCCCCAGCUGCCCAUUUUCAGGGAUUUAAGAAUGGCGGUCUUCGGAAACUCCUGCAUAGAUUUGAAGUGGAAAGAAGAAAUACUGGAUACCAGUUUAUUUACUAUUCACCUGAAAACACAGCCAAAGCAAGAGAAGUUCUCAGCAACAUCAAUCAACUACAACCUCUGAUAGCAACCCAUGCAGACCUACUGCUUAAUUCUGCAAGCCAGCAUUCUCCAGACAGCUUGAAGAAUUCUUUAAAGAUGCUUUCAGAAAAAACAGAGCUUUUUGUACAUGCCUUCAAGGAUCAGCUGGUCAGAAGUGCCCUUUUAGCACUUUACACUGCCAGGCCGGGAGGUGUCCUGAAGAAACCACCCUCUCCUAAGAGUGGCACAGAGGAGAGCAUUUCCCAGGACCCACCCCUGCCAGUGAGACGGCAGGACUCCAUUCCACAUCAUUCAGACUAUGACGAGGAGGAGUGGGACAGGGUGUGGGCCAGUGUGGGGAAGAGCCUGAACUGCAUUAUUGCGAUGGUGGAUAAACUGAUCGAAAGAGAGAGCGGUGGCGAGGGAAGCAGCGCCAGCAGCAAAGAUGUAGAAAAGGACUCUUCUCCAGAGGACUCCAUCAUAACUCAUCCGAAGGAAGACUGGUAUGAGCAGUUGUAUCCCCUCAUCCUUACCCUGAAGGACUGCAUGGGAGAAGUGGUGAACCGAGCUAAGCAGUCCCUGACCUUCGUGCUCCUCCAGGAGCUCGCCUACAGCCUGCCCCAGUGUUUGAUGCUGACGUUGAGAAGAGACAUUGUCUUCAGCCAAGCACUUGCUGGAUUGGUUUGUGGUUUUAUCAUCAAAUUGCACACAAGUCUGUAUGACCCUGGCUUCCUUGAGCAGCUUCACACGGUGGGAUUGAUAGUACAAUAUGAAGGACUGCUGAGUACGUACAGUGAGGAAAUUGGAAUGCUGGAGGACAUGGCCGUUGGUAUUUCGGAUUUGAAAAAAGUCGCAUUUAAAAUAAUUGAAGCCACAUCCAAUGAUGUCUUGCCAGUGAUAACAGGAAGGCGUGAACACUACGUGGUGGAGGUGAAGGUUCCAGCAAGAAUGUUUGAGUCCCUGCCUCUGCAGAUUAAAGAAGGACAGUUGCUUCACGUGCAUCCAGUACUUUUUAACGUUGGGAUCAAUGAACAGCAAACUCUUGCUGAGAGGUUUGGAGAUGUCUCUUUGCAAGAAAGUAUUAAUCAGGAAAAUUUUGAACUCCUUAAAGAGUAUUACACAGUGUUUAUGGAAAAGAUGCCUCCUGAUUACAUUUCACAUUUUCAAGAACAGAAUGAUUUAAAAGGAUUACUAGAAAAUCUCCAUCAAAAUAUCCAAGCCAAAAAGAGAAAGAAUGUGGAAAUCAUGUGGCUGGCUGCAACGAUUUGUCGCAAGCUAAAUGGCAUUCGUUUCACCUGUUGUAAAAGUGCCAAAGACAGGACAUCGAUGUCUGUGACGCUUGAACAGUGCUCAAUCCUGAGAGAUGAGCAUCAGUUACAUAAGGACUUCUUUAUCCGAGCACUGGAUUGUAUGAGAAGAGAAGGAUGCCGCAUAGAAAAUGUACUGAAGAAUAUCAAAUGCAGAAAGUAUGCUUUCAACAUGCUACAGCUGAUGGCUUUCCCCAAGUACUACAGACCUCCAGAGGGGACUUAUGGAAAAGCUGACACCUAAGUUUACCAACAUGUAAAUAAACAGGAACACAAAUAUGCUUCCGUUGGAAAAUCUCCACCGUUUUUCUGUUUUCAUUGUUAUGAAUUUGUGGAAGGGGAUGAUCAGGAACGUUCACCCAGAUAUAGGGAUUGCUUGAGUUAGUUAUCAGCAUAUGACUCCGAAAGAAAUCCAUUAAACAAAUCUUAAAUCAUAUUGUGUUUCUAGUUCCAAGCUUCUAUGUAUUGAUUCUCUCUGGUUGAGAUCAGUUCAAAAAGUGUACAUUUCAUUCAUGGGAUUUUUAAUGAAAGACAUUCUGAGAAAAACCUAAGUUGCUUCAGGGGUUCUGGAGGUGGGAUUCAGAGAGUGGCAUUCUCACUCUAAAGCGAUGAUAGGAGUAUCAAGGGGAGAGAGGCUUUGAGAUACUUCCCAUCUUUUCUCAUAUACAACCUGAGAGCCCAUUUGUGGGCUUAAAAAUAUUUUUCUAGUGAAUGGAAAUUAGGGAGUGUUAACUUGUGAACCUGACUACAGAAGCAGUUCCUAUGUGCUUGUAAAGACUCUGUCAUCCUGUGAAGGUGUGACCAGUCCUUCUAAAAAUGUUGAUGGACAGUGUUAAUAAAGCAAUAAAAAUACUUUUUGAAAACAUGGGAUCUUUUCAAAACUCUGACUUGGAUUGAUUUGCCCCAUCAGCCUAAACUUCAUGUAGUCAAGUUCAUGAAAGACUGUAAAAUAUCUUUGAGGUGUUUUCUAGCAUUUAUCUUAAUAUGUCUCAAUCAGUGAUGUAACUAUACAUUGCCUGGCAUAGAUUAGUAUAUGUGAAUGAACCUUUUAAAACUUAUGCUACCAUAAUUAAUGAUAAACCAAAACAAUUAUUUCUCCUAAACUGAAUUUCAAAUUUGCCCUUACUUGGUAAAAUAACACCAUAAGUUUCCUAAAACUACAAAUCAGACAUUGCCUUAGAGAUCAUCGUGUAUAACAUUAUAAAUAUUAUAAAUGGCUAAAGUACAAGGAAGAUAUGUCCCCAGUUACUCAGCUAGAUGAUUUUAGAACCCUGGUUACAAUCCCUUCUUACCUUGUAGCUUGUAGCUUAUCUGAUCUGUAAAUUGCCCCCCUAAAUAGAUACAUGAAAAUUUGGGAAGGAUACUAGUUAAAUAGGCCUUGGCAUGUAUUGCUAUAAUAGAAACUGAAAGUACAAAGGUCUAAACAAAUGACAUUUAUUUUCUCCAUAUUUAAAGAAUUUAUAUGUUUUCCGUUCUUAUCCGAGGAGCAUGCGAUCCAGAGCAUGAACCUCCCUUGGAAAUGCCAGAGACCUGUUACAUAGAUACCUCUUAGUGAUGACCACAUUCAACAAAUCAUCUGUAGCUUUCCUAGCUGAUAUGAUAGCUCCUCAACCAAGAUACCUAUUGAAAUAGAGAUUCCAAACAGAUCUCCAGGCUCAUGUUGGGCUUUUCAGAUUGCUGCAAUUUUAAAUAACCCUCUGAGGCUUUUAAUGCUAGAAUUGUCAAUCUGUUAUUUUAGUUAAGGACUUAUGGGCAUUAUACUUGAGGCAGUUGUCAAAAUAUUUACAGCCUUUUUCAUGAAAAGAUGCUGUGUGCUAUGGAUCUAUUCAUGGACAGGUUAUCUUGUUCUCCUUUAUACCUCAUUCUCAAUUUCAAUGAGUAAAUGUAAUCUUUAAAUUGUUCAGUUUCAUUUAAAAAUGGUAAGAUUUGUGGUUAUUUUCAUUAUCCCAUUGGAUUUAAGGUAAAACGGUUGGUAUGACAAUAAUUCCCUUAAGUAACUGAGAAGCCACAUUCAGUAUAUCAGAUAGCAGUCUUGAGUUCCUUAAGUAAUUUAUCAUCUUGUAAAUAUUCUUAGGAACAGUAGUUUUUGUUUGUAUUUUUAAAAAUGAAACCUCUUGAUCAAAAUAUGAAAAGAAUAUUUAUUAACCAGAAAACCAACAGUAGGGUUUUCUAUUUGUGGAAGACAUUUCAGUUUUGUUUUUUUGUUUUUUUUUUAUGAAGUACUGUUAUAGAAGUUCUCAAACAGUAGAACUUACUGUAAUAGAAAUGAAGGUAAUGUAUUUUCUCAUUUAUUAUUAACAUAGUUUUCUGCAUUCCCCUAUUGGAAACCUAUAUUUGUUCGUAUUCUAAACGUAGAUUUCAUCAAGCAAAUGUUUUUUCGUAGCGACAAUAAUGUCACCCCUUUCCUAAGAGAUAUUUCAAGUAUCCUUGGAAAACUACUUCAUUAUUUCUUAAAUUACUAAACCUUCCUAAAUCAAAGAGAAAAUGUUAUACAAAAAGUUUUAAAAGCUCUUUUGUACAAACACAGGCUCAGUCAUGCUUUUCUGCUUCCAUUUUCACUUAAAAAGAUGCACCAGUCAUUCUGUUUUAAGAGAUCACAUUGAGCCAGACACUGAACCAAGAAAACAUUUCCAAACAAGAUAAUUUUUUUUUGCUCAAAAACAUGUUUGCCCUCUGAUGUCAUCAAAAGUAGAUAACACUUUAGUAUUAGCUAUUUACAAAGUCCUACAGAAAGCAUACUUAAAAACAAGGGAAAGUGCAAUCCUGUUUAUGUUUGACCCAGUGACAAAAGAUCCAGAGCCUGCAAAAUGCUCUGCAGAACAGCUGAACAUAAAGUUUGAAAUAUUUUGUUGACGCAGACCCAUAUUUUAGAUGUACCCUUGCAUUUAUUUCUUGUGCGAUUGUUCCUUUCUUGUCAAUAUUACCUUGGGUUUUGUCCACACUCUGCCCAAACAAUCCUUUGAUGUAAAUAGUUUGGUCAAUCCAGUAAUCCCAUGAGUCAGAGCAGCUGUCUGAUCCUGCUGACAGGUUGUACUGAAAUGACCAGCUGCCUAGUGAGAGCAGGACGCCAGGUAACUAAGCUCCAGUCUUUACUUUAUAAGACUAUGACCUCUUGUUCUGAGGAUGUGAGGUCUUAAAAGGAAGCAUCUGGGUGGGAGAUACUUCCCUUUUUUUCUCUCAACUAAAUAUGGUAUUUUGCCUAGAAUUUUCUUCCCAAGCAAACCCAAGCCCCUGCUAUGUAAAGUUUGCUAGGUGCUGAGAGGAGAAUAAUAGUGGUGUGCCAGAAACUGGCUGGUCCUGACUCACAAUACCUGACCAUUAAAUUCUGUAAGCCAGUUUUCAAAACACAACCAUCAUUAAAUAUUAAAUUAUAGAACACAAUUGAAUAAAUCUUAUUAAAAAUGAUAAAGCUUAAUGUAGGCUAAAUAUUUUACUAUAUCAUGCUAUUUAUAUCUGCUGCUGAGGUUAUUUAUGCCAAAUGUAUCUGUCCAGCGGAAACAUGAUAUUUAUAAUAUGCUAACCAGGCUUCACUUCCUGACUCUGCAUGCAGUAACAUCACAUAGGUAGCCUGAAAUUGACCAUGAUGGGUGUUAUACCCCAGAAACUGCCAAAUGCUACCAACCCAUACUUUGAAUUCCUGGAAAACCACUUGUUAAACAUUGACCAGCACAAAACUGGAUCCCACCAUCACUUUUUCUCCAGAAAAUAAUCGUAAUUGGAAGCAGUAUUAUUAAAAAGAUACUAAGUGUAGUCACCUUCAGAUGGCUAUAGUUUUGUCUUGGUUUAUGCCCUCUUUAAAGACGCCUGUUAGACUAUAAGUAAUAUUUGCUGUUUAUGUUUAUUCAUAUUUAAAACCGUCAUAAUAAUUCAUUAAAAAAUGUAUUUCUGUGGGACUCCCCUGGUGGGCUAGUUGCUCCACUCCACUGGACUCAAUGCUUCCAAUUCGCAGAGCACAGAUUGGAUCCCUGGUCAAGGAACUAAUGCCCCACUGUGUGGCCAAAAAGUGAAAUUUCCAAAAAUAAAUAGAUAAAAAUUAUCUAUGAUGUUCUGCAAGGGAAAUCUUAGCAAUGCAGCUUUUGUGUAAGCAAUAACAACUUCAGGCAAAAUUCAAGGAAAUGUUAGCCUAAUUAGAAAAUCACUAAAAAUGCACUUCAAUAUCAGUUUUUAAGUUUAUAAUUUUAGCAUUUGCUAAAAGCUGGAAAAGCAGUAACAUACUACCAGGCCCAGAUUCUAAUAAAUAUAGCUCAAUUGGAAACCAAACUGUUAGAUUAAACAAAUUAAACUCUGGCAGUAUGCUAAAUCACACAAAUGUUUAGGUGUUUGAUUCCAAACAGUGGUUUAGUUCAACAUACAGGCCACCUUUUAUAAUCUUUUGAGAAAUAAAUCAACUUUCAUCACAAGUUUAAGAAACUGGUCUGAGAAAAACUGGUCAGCAGUUGCAGAGUGAAGCAAAUAAUAUUGAAUACAAGGCAUCUCUAGUAGCUGGAGGCUUUACAGAUUAUGUGCUACUGAAGGAAAUAAUUUGCUGAGAGUUGUAUAGUGGAUUGACAAUUUUAGGUAAAUUCACAGAAUCCACAUUCAUUUAGCCCAGCUGCAAUCUGCAAGAGUUUUGCUUUUUCUCUUCCAUAUUUAUAUCUCAUUACUUUAUAAAGAAACUACCAAUGUAUUAGAUCUUUUGUUUCUUUGGAAGAAAUUUAAGUUACAACUUUCCAAACAGAUGUUAUCUCUAGAAAAAACUUUAAGAACAGAAAAAUGCAGUUAAUGUUUUAGAUAAAAUAUGGCAGGCCAAUUAGGUAUAAAGUUAAGGUAUAGAAAUUUGGGUUUUUUCUUUCUGAGUUUAGUGCAAAUUAAACACUCUUAGUUUUAUUUCUAAGCAUAUAAGAGGAAACCUAAAGCAUUUCUGAUGUCAAAGAAACAAAUCAUAUCUGGCUAUUAGUAUCAAGGAGGUAGGAAAACAUUAUAAGGUAGUAUUAACUUAAAAUAUGUACAUGCCAUCAGCUCUCCUGAGCAUGAACUUUUAUAAAUUGCAUGAAUAGUCAGAAUUUUAAAUUUAAAGGAAAACAUGACUCACAGUGAAGUAUAGCACCCAGAGAGACUGAACAUUAAAGGAGAGAAGACCUACUACAAGUGUUGUUGCCCGAUAAACUAUAUGUUGCUUAUCUUUCAUGCUGUGCUCAGUUGCUCAGUCAUGUCCAACUCUCUGCAAUCCCGUGGGCUGUAGCCCACCAGGUUUCUCUGUCCAUGGGAUUUCUCAGGUAAGAAUACUUGAGUGGGUUGCCAUUUCCUCCUCCAGGGGAUCUUCCUGACCUAGGGAUGUCUCCUGCAACUCCAGAAUUGGCAGGUGGAUUCGUUACCACAAAGCCACUUAUCUUUCCGUCUUUCUUUAAGCUGUUGCGCUUUCAUACUCGUGGUAUGAAACAUUCACAGUCUCCCUAAAUUAUCAGAACACUCUAAGGUCACACAAGGGCACAGCUCAACAGUACAUCUUUACUGAUGACUUGGUGCAAUUUUAUUGACUGGCAGGCAGUAUUGACUCAAAUGUUAGCAAGAUUACUAUAUUAUCUACAUAUUAGUAGCUGUUAUGAUGCUUUUAUAUCACUAUAAAUAUUAAACGCCAUUUCAUGUCAGGGAGCUUUCAGAUUUUAAAAGGCAGAUGCCACAUUUCUGUAACUGUAUGUACACUCCCAUUUCACAUCACAUGUGCAAUCCUUUGUACACAUACACUCUUGCGGAAAUUUUAUUAUUUUAUUUAACCUAAUAUGUGAUUUUCAGAUUCUUGUGGUACUUAGCUGAAACAUUUGCAUUUGUUUUCUUUUCAUGUUAAAUAUAUAUUCCAGAUCAACCAAUAAUGUGUAGUCCUAGGAAAUGAGGCACAAAGAGGUUAGAUCACUUUAUAUUGUCAUUUGAAGAAAUAUCAUUUUGUUUUAUUGUUCUGUGUAAACCAUAUUCAUUGUACAUUGUGUGUGUAUUUUUUUAAUAAAUGUGAUUUUUAUUUUUUA